AUGGAGGUCUAUACCGUCACCGUGGCAACCGGAACAUCCGAAUACUCCGGCACCAACAACUACAUCUAUGUGACGCUGAUUGGGGAGAAUGGGGAGAGUGAGCGCACCCUGCUGGACAACCCAGGGCUGGAUUUCUGCCGCGGAGCAGUUGAUCAGUACAAAGUGGUCAGUCCCUCGCCGUUGGGCUCCGUGUUGCUGGUCCGGCUGGAAAAGCAAAGGUACUGGGUUGAAGAUAACUGGUUCUGUCGCUACGUCACUGUGGAGCCUGACGAUGGAGGAAAAGUGCAGACCUUCCCUUGUUACCGCUGGUUCGUUGGAGAUCUCAAGAUGGAGAUCAGAGAGGGAAAAGCAACAACAGUGAUGGACGACAGCUCUCCAAAGCUGCUGGAACACAGGAAGACCGAGCUGCAGGAGCGGCGGAAGACCUACAGGUGGAUCACUUGGGCUCCAGGGAUUCCCAGAUGCAUUGAUGCCAAAACGGAGGCAGAUCUACCGCAAGACGCUCGAUUUGAGAAUGAGAAGAGGAGCGAUUUUGAGCAUUCUCUGCACUACGCUUUGCUGGAGUUGUCUCUGAAGAAACUCACCAUCAGGUUUGGGAAAUCCUGGAACGACCUGGAGGAUUUCAAACGGAUCUUCUGGAAGCUCCGAAGCCCCAUAGCAGAAUACUGCAUGGAGCACUGGGAGGAGGACUGGCUGUUUGGCUACCAGUGUCUGAAUGGCUCCAACCCACGGAUGAUACAGAGGUGCAAGACGCUGCCUGAAAACUUCCCGGUAACUGCCGGCAUGGUGCAACGCUCCAUGGCUGAUGGGACCACCCUAACUAAAGAGCUUAAGGCAGGAAACAUCUACCUGUUGGACUACGCCAUCAUGGAGGGAAUCCCCACCAACACCAUCAAGGGUAAACCCCAGUUCAUCGCUGCUCCACUGUGCCUCCUGUACCAGCACCCUGAUGAUGGACUCAUACCUAUAGCGAUACAGCUGGAACAGACUCCGGGUUUGGACACGCCCAUCUUCCUGCCCACAGACCCGCCCCUGGCCUGGCUGCUGGCUAAGAUGUGGGUGCGUCACGCCGAGUUCCAGGUUUUCCAGCUGCUUUCUCACCUGCUGAGGACUCACCUGGUGGUGGAGGUGUUCUGUGUGGCGACACUGAGACAGCUGCCUGCUGUGCACCCCAUUUACAAGCUGCUGGCUCCUCAUCUGCGCUACACUUUAGAGAUCAACUGUAGGGGGCGCACUCAGCUCAUCUCUGACACUGGCAUCUUCAAACGGGUGGUGUCCACAGGUGGAAAGGGCCUGUUGAUUCUGGCCCAGAGAGAGUACAAGGUUCUGACCUACCGAUCCCUUCAGCCCCGUUCUGACUUCAUUGACAGAGGAGUGAUGCAGAUCUCUAACUAUUUCUACAGAGAUCACAGUCUGAUGCUGUGGGAUGCCAUCCACAGUUUUGUCUCGGGAAUGGUGAACCUGUACUACCAAACGGACCGUGACGUGCAGCAGGACGCGGAGCUGCAAGCCUGGAUCCGAGACGUCACACAGGAGGGCUUCACGGAGCUGCCCAACUUCGGUCUGAAGAGUAAGCUCAGCAGCAGAGAGGAGCUCUCCACUCUGCUGUCAGUGAUCAUCUUUACCACCACAGCUCAGCACGCCGCGACCAACAACGGACAGUUCGACUGGUGUGCCUGGGUGCCCAACACGCCCUGCACCAUGAGACUCCCGCCGCCCACCGACAAAGACGCCGUCACCAUGGAGAUGAUCAUGGCCACACUUCCUGAUGUCAGCCAGUCCUGUGUGCAAAUGGCCAUCACAUGGCAUCUGGGGCGAGCUCAACCAGACGCUAUUCCUUUGGGUCAGUACCCAGAGCAGCACUUCACAGAGGGGCGGGCUCUGGAGAUGAUUGACAGCUUCAGGAAGGAGCUGAAGAAGAUCGAGGAGCAAAUCCUGAACCAGAGCGCAGGACUGGACCUGCAGUACCUUUUCCUCCUGCCCAGCCGCAUAGAAAACAGCAUCACCAUUUAGGGCUCACUGCCCCCUGCUGGGCCUUUUAUGAACUGAAUCUGUCACUUUAACUGCUUUCUUUUUAUGGUCAACAAAACAUUUAUUGUAGAAAAACAUUUAUCAAGACAAGUCUACUUUAUAUGGUUUAAGAAAACUAAAUGUUUAUUUUCUGUUCUGAAA